GGGAAGGGGGGUUCAAACGGCCCCCGGCGGGAAGCGGCGCCGGGGCUGGUGUCGGUUAUGGAGUCGGUGGAGGGGGUGGCGCGGACGCUGCUCAGCUUCGGGCGGUUGUCGCGGGGGCUGCCGUUUGGGCGGGCGCACGGGCUUAGCUCCAGGGAUCCGCUGCUCCCGCUGGCGCCGCGCUCCCAGGAAAACGCAGAUCCCCAGAGAACAGCGUUUCUGCUGCGCAAGCAGUGGACCUUAUACAGCGUGACCCCUCUGUACCGAUUCUCUAACGCUCACCUGAGGGAUUACGCUAGGCUGCUUAGUGCCUUUAUUGCUGCCGAGAAGCAGAAAGGAUUGGCGGUGGAAGUAGGGGUUGAGCUCGACAUCAAAGUGGCUGUCUCCAGCCUUCCAUACCUGAAAGGUAGUGACCAAGACCAGGCUGCAAUUCUCGUGCAGCUUUCUUCAAGAUCACCAGCUUCCCCAAAAAACUCAGAAGAGAAACUGAUAUGGUCGGGCUGGUUCUGCUGUGUGUCUGGAGACGAUCUUUCCAAGAACGUGCCAGAGGACUUCACUUGUUUACCUCUGUUUCUUGUUAAUGGGGCAGAGUGUUACACGUCCAUUGUUGGAAGUUGGUUUCAGAAGACUUUUGACUGCUCCUUCCGCCGUUUAGCCAUCAGCCCUCUCAUUCUCAGUUGGAUGGCAGCUAUGUGGACUGGAUGCAAAGUGGAAAAAACUGCAUCUGCCAUGGAACUCGUUUUCUCUGUCCCCUGUCUGCCCCAGCCUUUGGAUAUUUCAUACGCCAUUCAUCCAGAGGAUGCAAAAGCUCUGUGGGACACAGUCCAAAAAACUCCAGGGGAGAUCAUUCAAGAAGACGUGGAUGUCUUUAUGGACUGCCUUUACUCUCACUUCCACAGACACUUUAGGAUCCACUUGUCAGCUACAAAACUGGUGAAAGUUUCUACAGCAAUUGCCUCAGCACACUGUGAUGGGAUUAUAAAGUUUCUACAAAGCCAAUACCUAACUGGAGUGCUGAUGCUACUGACAGAACUAGCAAUCUCUCAGAUAGAGUGAGAGUCAUUUCAGCAAAUCUUCAUGCUAAAAAGACUUAGUUUUGGAAGGUGUAUGCCGACAAACCAAUUGGAAACUUGCUCCUGCAGCAUAUUCUUUCCUUUCAUGCUGGCUGUCCAAUGUUGGACUUCAACUCCUGCACUCAACUCCAUAACUAGCUGUAAUUCAAUGCCAUGCACAGUGAAGACAAGCAGACAUUUGGCCCUAAAGAAGGGCUACAGUACAAACUUCUAAUAGCUCGUUAAGCACCUUUGUUUUAUCAUAGUCACUCUGUUCAUUUAUGCAUAGAUAUCAGCCAGGGGCUAGGAGAUAAACUUUGCAAAUUCUUGGAUGCAACUUACUGACAGGUAUUUCAGUUGUUUCAAAUAGCAAGUUGGUUUUCAUUUAACUAGAUAGCCUAAGCUCUACAGACCUUAGCCUUACCUACCUAAACUGUGACUACGUUUGGGCUGAUCUAAAUGCAAAGUCAAGCACACCUGAGAAAGGGUGCAUGCUCCACAAUCCAGGGCAGAAAAAUCCAGGUUUCUUAGCAAGCUAGAAAGGAAGUUGGGCUAGUUGGUAAUGGUCCUCAAGUGUUCAUCUAUGUCCCAGUUGGGCUAAGGUGAACUGCAUGAGACUGACAACUGCCUUCAGUGUCCAGCCUGUUGGUCCUCUCAGACAAGUUAAUACAUAGGAAAUUGAGGUCUGUGUAUAAGCUAGAUAUUUACUGUGCUUUGGCUGAUGUUUGUCAUCUUGGAUGUAAUCUUGUUAGGCCAGAGAGCUCUUGGGGUUGGAGCUAUGGGUGCUGAAGUUUUGUACUAGAUCUCUCCCUUCUACAGCAGGUAGGAUUUCAAAGAGCUAGUGCACAGUGCCUGGCUAUAGCUUAAAGGAGCAGAAAGGAAGUAGAAUAAGUGCAUGCUAAGUAUUAUGAUUUUGGUAUUACAGUCCUAAAUAAGUAUUUGCCAUCUUUUGCCAAUAGAUUGGUCUUGAGCAAAGUAAAGACCACCUAUGCCUGAUUAAAUAUAUACUUGUAUAGUACUUCUUUCCAACUAUAGCUUGCCUGACUAAACUACAAAUUCUUACCUAUUAAAUAAUUCUGUGAACAGCAAAAUUUAAAGUCUAGGUUUUUUAUACAAUUUUCUUGUAAUGGCUUCACACAUGUGUAGCAUCUCUAAAGUCUGAGUUUGUGCUGUGACCUUCCCCUGAAGCAGGCAUGCAAGUUUUCCCUUCUUUGCCCAACCACCUAAUUUCAGGAUUUAUUUGUCAGCUGUCACUAAAAACAUUCUUCAUUCUUCUCCCCAGCAACAUUGAGAUGAACCAGCCAUGCAAACAUGUAACUGCCUAACAUGUUAUAAUUGCAUACUGAGUUCCUAAUAUACUUUUAAUAAUCUAUUUCCAGGAUUAGCUAAAGAAAGAUGUACUUGUUUUUAGUUUUUGUUUACUAGUUGAAGACUGAUUAUUUUUGCAUGUAAAGGUUGCAGUCUGUAAAGUGGUAACUCUUACCCUGGUAGAAGCAGCUAAGCAAUCUUCUGAAGGUCGGGACAGCUAAGCAGCUAUUUAAACUAUCACUUCUGGUGCUUUAGUUUUCUUUUAUGAAACAUCUUAGACAAAGUUUGCUUUCUCAAUUCAGAGGAACACUGGGUAAAGCAGGAGUAGGAGGUCUGACAUAAGUGGCACCUGUAUUUGAUUUGAAAACAGGACUGUUACACCCAUGGCUUAGUUUUAAAUCUAUGCUCAGCUCUUUCCAACAAAUUUGCAUAAAUAAUCUCUAAAAAAAUAAAUUCCAUAUACCCUCUUUUAACCUCUUCCUUGCCUUAAGAACACAGACUAAAAGCAACUACAGCCAUACUCAGCUUUCAAGAGUGAUGCUUUGCUAGGUAUGUGUGGUAUCUACUACAGCCUAGCUGUAAGGUAUUGCUGGAAUAAAAGGCUACGUUCUCUUUUUUACACGCUUAUCUGCAAAUUGGGGUAUAGCCCUCAUUGGUAACUGCAGUUAAGUGAACAGAGCUAGAUUUAGCCAGAUAGUACAGAUGCUUUCUUCCAGAAAAAGCUGUUUCUGAAUGAUGUACUUCUAAGCAAUUGAGGGUAACACUAAACAGCAGAGUUUUAAGCCAGUUUUACUUGGAC